AUGGCGGCUGCGGCAGUGGUUGAGUUUCAGAGAGCUCAGUCUCUCAUUAGCACGGAUCGUAACGCCUCUAUUGAUAUUCUACAUUCUAUCGGUAAGUAAUGAUUGUAGGCAUUUAGACGAGAAAGAGUCGUAUUGUUGUUGUAUUUUUGCUCGAUUUAAGUCAACGCAAAGUCAGUUUUAUACACUGACAAGAGCCGAUUUGUGUGCCGUGCUGACUCACUGUAGACUCACUGUAGAACCGUUGUGUUGCUAGCUAGAUAGCUAGCAAGGUGGUCGCUGGAUGACUAGCUAGCUAUAGUAGGCCAUGGCAUGAUGAGCUGGAAAGCCCAGACUGAAUGCAAAGACGUUAGCUAACUACUUAUUAUGUUGUUUUUAUGCAACAUGUUUGUAGCUAACAGUUAUCACAAUACAAUUCAAAGUCGCUAGCUAACGUUAGGUAGCUAGGUAGUGAAUUUGGCUAGCUAGCUAGUGAAGUUGGCUAACUUGCACCCUUGUAAUAAAAGCUAGUUAGCCAACUAACUAACUAGCUACCUCAAUGGAACUUGAGAAUUGAUUGAAUCUUAGUUAGGUAUGUCAUUUUGGUGCAGAUAAUGUAGCUAGAUGCUCUGAAAUGUGUUAACGUUACUAAGUUAGCUUGCUUACGUUGCCAAAUUAUCAGUGAGAUCAAAUCCACUGUUCUUAAUUAGCUAUCACUAGGUAGCUAGUUAACUACCUAACUGUUGUUGACAGUUCUGUGGCUAGCUUUGUAGCAUGCUAUUCCAUGUGUUGUAGCUGUCAUCAAAUUGUCUUAGUCACUGGGUCCCCAGUUAGCUGUUGACUUGCAAGACUAGUAGACCCAGAUAAACAGUAACUAAGACAGACAACAAGGAACACAGUAGUUAGCUAGGACUAGGAGACUGUCAGUGUAGGAAAAGAUAUAGCCAAUGUCAAUCGGUGCAUUAUUUUCCAUGUCCCAACAGUGAGGCGAGAUAUCCAGGACAGCGAUGAAGAAGCCGUUCGGGUUAAAGAACAAAGCAUCUUGGAGCUGGGGUCACUCCUGGCCAAAACAGGACAGGCUGCAGGUGAGACUCAACACAAACACCACAUCUGGUCUAUUAACAUGGCUGCCUGGCUGCUGAACUAGACAAACUUGGGAGUGAGUCAUCCAUUAACUGUACAAUGAUUCACUGUAUGUGCCAUUGCUUAACUGUUCUGUAGUACCCAAGAACAGAUUAUUUCCAGUUAUGAAGCUAACAUCACUAUUUUGACAGUAGACACAACACAACCUUGGGUAGAAGGACUUAUCGGGUAGACAAGAUAUGCUUACUGUUGUCAUUCAUUUAGCCCUAAUUUCUGCUGUGGUCAUUCCUCUACCACAGAGUUGGGGGGUCUGCUGAAGUUUGUGCGGCCGUUCCUCAUCUCCAUCAGUAAGGCUAAGGCAGCCCGGCUGGUCCGCUCCCUGCUGGACCUCUUCCUGGACAUGGAGGCAGCCACAGGCCAGGAGGUGGAGCUGUGUCUGGAAUGCAUCGAGUGGGCCAAGGUGGAGAAGAGGACCUUCCUCAGGCAGGCUCUUGAGGUAAGCUGACCCCUUUCACCUAGAAGACAAGCUGUUGUUUAGUUUGAAGACCAUAUGUAAUUGAGUCUUUCUCAACACAUUUCCCUACCUUCCCAGAGUGAUAUGAUUCAUAUUUUUUUUUUGUUUCAAUGGCAAUCAAUGACACAUUUCUCUUCCCCUCUCCUCAGGCCCGUCUGAUCUCGCUCUAUUUUGACACCAAAAGACACCAGGAGGCCUUAGCGCUUGGUGAGUGACAGUUCUAUCUGUAUGGACUGACAAUAUUAUCCCUGCUCCAUGAGCUCAGCAUCUGUCUGAGCAUAGAGGGUUAAGCAUUGGAUAUGUUUACCCAUAGCUGUGUCCAAAGCUAUGUAGCAUGACUCCGUAUCCCAUUCACCCCCGUCUCCUGGACGCUUUGUGAUGUGCUGUCAAACAAGUCGAGACUCGUGACAACAUUGAAUUUAUCCGAAGUUGAACUUUAAUAUUCCACAACACCAGGUUUGUGGGCCACACAUAUGUAUACGAAAGAUGUGUUAACUAUAAGGCACGUUAGAUAAGUGUCUGCUAAAUUACUAUAUGACCUUUAUAUUGUGUUUCUCUGGUGUUCAGGCACCCAGCUGCUCCAUGAGCUGAAGAAGAUGGACGACAAGGCGCUGCUGGUGGAGGUGCAGCUGCAGGAGAGCAAGACGUACCACGCGCUCAGCAACCUGCCCAAGGCCCGCGCCGCCCUCACCUCCGCCCGCACCACAGCCAACGGCAUCUACUGUCCCCCCAAGCUGCAGGCCGCCCUGGACAUGAUGUCAGGUCAGUCCCAGUGAACGAGCCUCCAUCCAUAGCCCCCUACAGUGUUCCUCAAUGGCUUAGAAACUAUUGGCUGCUUAUGUUGUUAUUUUGGCAGAAACAACAGAACGUUAUACAACAGAAUAGAAUACACUCUGAGCGCUAUUUUAUUGGUAGAACAAAACAAAUCUAUGAAGCUGUAAAUCCAUCAGUAAAAUGAACUAUGUUCAGUGUGUAUUAAUUUACCAGGGAUUUCAGUGAGUCAAUGUCUUACUCAUUUGUAACACCCAGAAUUAGUUUACUGACCCAAAUGAAGAAGAGCUGUGUGUUGAGGUGGCAAAGUGCCAUGCUUAGUGUGGACGACUGACCGUGCUUCCUCCCCUGCAGGGAUCGUCCACGCAGCUUCGGAGAAAGACUGGAAGACUGCCUACUCCUACUUCUUUGAGGCCUUUGAGGGCUACGAUUCCAUCGACCACCCUAAAGCCAUUACCGGUCUCAAAUACAUGCUACUCUGCAAGAUCAUGCUCAGCCUGUAAGUGAUACUACCUCCUAGCUGUGUUGCAAUGAUUUGAAGCAUACAGGUAUGGCUUGGGGUAGCUUUGAUGUGUUCUGACUUGGUUGACCCGCUGUUGCUGGUGUCUUUCAGACCAGAAGAGGUGCAGUCCCUGAUCAGCGGUAAAUUGGCCCUGCGGCAUGCUGGCCGACAGGUAAGAACCUGCUGUGUGUGUGUGUGGUUUUUCUCAACUUGCACUAUGUAAUACGUUUUUUAAUUGGUUGGUACCUGGCUGACCAUGGUCUCUACCUCCCUCCCUUUGCAGACAGAUGCACUGAAAUGCGUUGCACAAGCCAGCAAGAACAGAUCAUUAGCAGACUUUGAAAAGGUAACACCUUCCUUUAGCCCUCAUUGUUGGUGCUAUGUUUUUUUGUCUCUGAGGAUCUCUAUUGUGACAGGUCCAUUUGUAUUCUCCCUUGUCUCACCUUCCCUCUCCUCCCCACUAAGCCUCUUUCUUUUCUCCCUCCCUCCCUCUUUCUUUCCUCCUCUCCCUCUCCUCCUAUUCCCCCCUCCAUCUCUAGGCCCUUACAGAAUACAAAGCAGAGUUGAGGGACGACCCCAUCAUCAGAACCCACCUGGCCACGCUGUAUGACAACCUGCUGGAAGGGAACCUUAUCCGUGUCAUCGAACCCUUCUCCAGAGUACAGGUAUGCACAUCUGGGGACGGUAAAUAUUGCUUGAUGUUGGAUUUCUAACUAACCACUCAUAUCAUAAUCCUUUAUGGUGUUUCUCUUUUCCAGAUUGAACACAUAUCAGGUCUCAUCAAACUGUCAAAGGUAUAGAGGCUUCUGCUUUGCUACCUUAAUAUCUUUGGUAUUUGAGAAGGGAAAAUCAGCACUCAUUUAGUCCUGUGAUAUAAUAUUCACACAUCUUAUAAGUCCUAUAUGCCUUGACAUAUUGUCAGUAAUUAGUGGAUAUGUGUUUUUUCCCUCAGGCGGAUGUUGAGAGGAAAUUGUCACAGAUGAUCCUGGACAAGAAGUUUCAUGGUAAAUCAAUUGUCUGCUUGCUUGGUACAUGCCUGGUAUAAACUACUGUAUCAUAUCUUUGUAUUACGCUUCUUCUGUUAAGUGAAAUGUAAUUUAGUCUAAAUUGCCUGUAUGACUUAUUAUAGGGAUCCUGGACCAAGGCGAGGGUGUCUUGAUCAUAUUUGACGAGCCACCAGUUGACAAGACUUAUGGAGCGGCCUUGGAAACUAUUCAGAACAUGAGCAAAGUUGUGGACUCGCUUUACAACAAAGCGAAGAAGCUAACAUAGGUAGGGCUCUUCAAGAGCGACACAUGCACACUUGCCACAUGUUCUGUCCAAUUGCAUAACUCACUGCAUCCUUCCAAAUGGGAAAGGAUGACUUUUCAAACCACUGUGCUUACUGUAGAUCUUAUGUCUUUCUCGUCCUCAGAACAAAUGGCGAGACCACAGCAGCACGGUGGAGGAUGUGUGUGUGUGUGUGUGUGUGUGUGACCAGAGUGUGUAACAUUUUAAGAAGGGGACAAGGGAGAGCGACCAAAAAAGUCAACAGGAUUCCCAGUUCCCCCUCAACGGACAAUUCCAUCACCCCUCUUAAUUCUCAUUUAUUUAAUUUUUUUGUUCUUUCAGGAUUCUAUUAAACUCUCAUCGGCCACAGCAGGCCAUCAGGGAAUAUUGUACAACCACAAUAAAAUAUUAAGAAAGAUAAAUACAUGUUUAUAUCUCCUGUAGAAUAAAGACUGGGCUUACAAAGCCUACAGCUGACUCCUUCGCCACCUGAAAAGGUGCAAUAUCGAGCGCCACCAACACUGUUUCUUUUACAUGCAGGGACAAGGCUUUUGGUCAGGGUGGUCUCUUCAUCUCUCUCUGUCCAUAUCUUUCUGAAGCACAUGGUUUUUAGCUAAUUGAAGGUAGGUUAGAAAACAUUGGGAUAUCCUGGCAGUUAAAUUUGCAGGUUGACAUUUGUCUUGAGUCUUGUCCUGGAGGCAGAACUGAGCGAUAUCCCCUUAGACACGCCAGCUGAGAAGUUAAAAUGGGCUAUAUUGUAGACAUUCAUGACAACAUAAAUUAGCCUUUUGGUCAUCAUUUAAGGUUAGGCAUUAGGGUUAGCAGUGUGGUUAGGUUCAAAAUCUGAUUUUAUGACUGGCUGUGCCAGCUAGUGACCACUCUGCAGAGCUGCCUCCAGGGUAAGAUUCAUGAUGAAAAAUGCUAACCUGUGUUACAUUUGGUCAAAAUGGCUCCCUCUUAACUCUUGCUGUGCUCAUCAUAUUCAUGCCAAGAGUCAGUCAAUUCCCCUGCAUGGUAUUUCAAAUGGUUGUCAACAUCACUUUAUUCGGAUUGCGUUUGUUUUUAACUAAAAUAAAUCGGACACUUUUGUCCCCUUCAUACUGUAAGUACAUAGCGCAGAAUGGAUGCCAUUUCACACCGCCAGUGCCCUCUUUCAUCCCUCUGCUUUGCAUCAACGUUUGGCUACAAUAUAAUUUGGGGGUGCAGAAGUGGUGAUGUAUUGAUUGCCUCUGGGCGUCUGUCUGAUCCCGAGUGACCGGUUAUUCAUUGUUAGAUCCUGGUAUGCUAAUAACCAAACAACAGUUUGUAUGGUUUAGAUUUUUUUUUGUCAUUUUCAAAAAUAAACAUUUUGUAUUUUUAACGAUUUUGUCUGCCUCUUGGAAAAUAUCACUGACCUUGGCAAAGUUCGAUUGGGCCAUUUUAGCCCUCUGUGCUGAGGUAAUUUGGGUAAGACGUUGGGUGUCCCUUGUUGGACGAGUGACUUCAGUUGAUUUGGACGCCAGUGUUGAUAUAAAGGUCUAAUAGACUAAGGCGUUCGAAGCAAAUGUCUGAAGGAACUAGCAGCUUCAACUGGGUGGGGAAGAAUGAGUGCCUCUAGUUGCUUACUGGGUGGAAGUAAAGAAGGAGGUCAAAUCAAAGGGAAGAGAUGUGUAUGCAGUAGGAAGAAUCCCUGUCAAGUCAACUCUGGGAUUGCCAUGUUGUGAAGUGCAUUUAGAGGGUUAUGAAUAAUAUGGUAUUGUCUUGUCUCCUGUUGGGCAAAUAUUCCUGUGUUAGAAAAUUGCCUUGUCCCAUCAAAGGGCAUUAAACCACAAUUUCAAUGACGGCUUUGGAUUGUUUUUUUUUACAGAAGGCAAUGUAAACCGUUUAUGAACCUGUUUGUGUAAUGAAACCUAGUCAUUAAGUUGAAAAGGGAAGGAUCUGGAUUCUGACAUGGUGUUUAUGCACUAUACAAGACCAUCCAUAAAGGUGCAUCGUUGCAAAGAGUUCAUGACUUCUGCACCAGAGUUCUCCAAUAUUGUGCCAUAAACUGCUCUGAACUGAGUUUCCCUCAAUUUUUUGUCAGUGAAGUUUUACAGUAUGUUAACAAGAAGCAGUCACUAAACACUAGUGGAAGUCCCAUUUCAAGGAUGUCCAUAUCUCCAUUUAUCGGUUAGGUAUGGCCUAUAUGUGUAAAACCAUACAUUUUGGGACCAAUUAUUUUGACUUAAUUGAAUUUUAAACUUCCAAGUUUGAGGUGAAUAGGUGUAAUGUAAAUGUACAGGUAACUGCCAAAAUAAUGGAAACACCUAAAUAAAGUGUGUUAAUAGGGCAUUGGGCCAACACGAGCCGCCAGAACAGCAUCAAUGUGCCUUGGCAUAUAUUCUACAAGUGUCGAACUCUAUUGGAGAGAUGCGACACUAUUCUUCCACGAGAAAUUCCAUAAUUUGUUGUUUUGUUGAUGGUGGUGGAAAAUGCUGUCUCAGGCGCUACUGCAGAAUCUCCCAGAAGUGUUCAAUUGGGUUGAGAUCUGGUGACAGACACACAACGUCAAACACGCUGCUGUCUGAUGUCAGAGACAUUGAACCACUCAACCAGGGUUCUCCAACCCUGUUCCCGGAGAGCUACCCUCCUGUAGGUUUUCGCUCCAACCCCAGUUGUAACUAACCUGAUUCAGUUUAUCAACCAGCUAAUUAUUAAAAUCAGGUGCGCUAGAUUAGGGUUGGAGCGAAAACCUACAGGAUGGUAGCUCUCCAGGAACAGGGUUGGAGAGCCCUGCACUGGACACUUCCUGACAUAGCUCAUUCUAAUAUUUCUGCUACUGUACUUUAGUAUUUAGUUACUGUUUAUACACACCACAUAUAUAUUUAUAUACUGGAUCCUUGACGUAACUCACCAAUAUAUAUAAUGCUGUACACAGUGCUUGAAUUGGACUGAAAUUGGUGCCGCUACUCAUUUUUGGUGCUUGUACUGUUUAUAUUUAGGUGCAGGAGCUCCACAAUAAUUUUGAGCUAAUAAUCUAUAAGAUGUGCAGGAGCUCUAGCAGUAGAAAAAUGGAUGUGUUAGUACUCAGCUCCAGUGAGCUGCUGCCCAAGUCAAGAACUGGCUGUACAUAUCGUUCUUAGUAUAUCUUGUGUAAAUUCUUCCGGUGUAUAUACAUAUAGAUUGCCCUUUGGUUACCAUUACAGUGCUGUUUGGAUUCGUCCUGACGUUCUUUAUUUGUACUUUUUUUACAUUUUCAUUAUUUGUGUAAUUGACAUUUUACUGCCUUGUUAGGAGCUAAUAACAUAAGGAUUUCGCCCCACCCGCUAUAACAUCUGCUAAACGUGACCAAUAAACUUUGAUUUGAUACACACACCCUUUAAACCCCCUAUGCUCCUUUGAGACCCCUCUUUCAAAGUCACUGAGAUCCACGGUAGCCAAAAUAAUGGGCAACUGGUCAUUUUUAUACAUGACCCUAAGCAUGAUGGGAUGUUAAUUGCUUAAUUAACUUAGGAACCACACCUACUUUCAAUAUACUUUGUAUCCCUCAUUUACUCAAGUGUUUCCUUUAUUUUGGUGGUUUGUAAUAUCGCCCCUAAAUCUAUCCACAGCUUCAUGCAGUUUUCCAAAACCCCCAAAGUAGUGUUGCUUGUUUUGGAUUUCUAUACACAUCAAUAUCAAAUGUACAGACGGUUCUUGCUGACCAACAAUUACCGAGUAUAUCUGAUGUUCAGAUAAGUUCAAAUAAAUAUUUUUUCAAAA